GACCCUGCUAAUAUGUACCUCAGAUCGCAGCCUAGCAGACGGACACUCGCUUCUCUCACCAGCAACUAACAAACAAUGAUGCAGUUUAGGACUUUCAUUUUUACAUCUAUUUUGCUCCCAUGGAUACGGUCUUCUGCAGCAAAAGAUGAAUACAUGGAAGUCAGAAAACCUACGUUAAGAGCAUCUUUUAACUUUCCAGACUAUGGCACCCUUCAAGACUCAGACACUAACCCAGCAGCAGCACCAAAAGCUAAUGAGAUGCCGACCUGUCUGCUGUGUGUUUGCCUGAGUGGAUCCGUUUACUGUGAGGAGGUGUCCCCUGAAAUGUCAGCCAUUCCAGCACUGCCAAAGGAAACAGAACAUCUCUAUGCACGUUUCAACAAAAUCACAAAAAUAAGAAACAAAGACUUUGCAGACAUGGCCACAUUAAAAAGAAUCGACCUUACUGGCGAUCUCAUUGCUGAAGACGAUGGAGCUUUUUCAAAACUCUCAGAUCUUGCUCUUGCAGAAAACAGACUGACUAAACUUCCCAUGCUGCCCGCCAAGCUGGUGUCAUUCAAUGCCAAUUUCAACCAUCUUAAAACCCAGGGUGUGAAGGCAACAAGUAAGAUAAAACUCACGAGACUGGCGUAUCUUUACCUUGGAAACAAUGAACUGACAGCAGUGCCCCAACUUCCAGAAUCUCUUUACACCGUGCAUCUGCAUGGAAGUAACAACAAGCUCUCCACAGUAACAGACGAGACAUUCUGCAGAGGUAACAACAGUUGCUACAUCCGGACCAACAUGGACGAGUUGAGACUGGACGGGAACCCUGUUGUGCUGUCGAAGCACCCAAACAGCUUCAUCUGUCUGCACUCUCUCCCUAUUGGGUGGUACAACUGAAAUAACCAAGCCUGCUUUUUUUUUUUUGAAGGGGAAUAAAUGAUACAGACACAUAUGGUACAAUACUUUUUAAAAUGCAGUUCUUAAUUUAGAUUUUAUAUAUUCAAAUCUACCGUGCAGUUCAAGACUUCAACAGUUUUUCAUUAUCAAACAGAAAACGUAUUAUAACAGAACAGCAGUAUUUUAAACAAGCUUGUGUGUUUUUUGUUUCUUAUCAAAUUCUAUCUACCAGUAAUGAACACAUCUGUGCAAAAUCAUCCAAGAUUAUUUCUUGCAUUUUCCUUUUUGUUACAAUUUAGUUGAGAGUGGUUUGUCUUGGCAGGUGCUAUGCAAUGUUUGAAACAUAACCCAUCAAAAUUGACUUGUUGUCAAAUCAAUAUGAGACCAUUAUUUCUUUGGAUUUUCUUUUUUAGCUAAAAAUCAUAUUAACAAUAAAUGUGCAUGUUUCUCCAUCA